AUGACUGAAGCGGGGGGACUAGCACCAAAAGAUGAGUUUGGGCUGGUGGUAUUCGAGCUGUGCAGGUCCAGCAUCUUUUCCGGAAGCAGCUCUUUUUCCGGAUUGGAUCGGCCAAAGCACGGGUCCAAUAUUGAGUCGAUGCCAAACUUGAGUUUCUUGUGCAUCAUCGACAACUCGAUUCGAGUGUUCAUAAUCUGCAUCGCUCAGGUGCAACCAAUCAACAUGACCCGCCCACUGCAGGUCGACCAAUCACCCAUUGACGACACGCCCAUCCUCUAA